ACUACGAUCAGACUUAAUGCGCUCUGUUCGGAUACUUUAUUGACUGAUUAACACAUGAGGACAUUUUUCUGCCAUGUGCACAUGUUUUAGUUCCUGCACACUAAAGCAAUUUGUACAUCAGCUGGGAAGUACCUAAACUACAAGUCUGUGAUAUAAAAAAAACAACAAGGUUACCCAAUUCUUGAUUAAGGACUGGUGCAUAAUUUAUGUUGUUACACAUAACAUUUGGUGUGAUAAAUUCUUGAGCUCAGUGAUAUAGUGCCUGGAGGUCCCUUUUUUACAGUGUGAUUUAGACAACUUUAGAAAACCGUAGAGGCUUGUGACAGGUGAACUUACUACUACAGGAUUUCAUUGAGGAAUUCAAUAUCAUUUAAUUGUGCAUCAUAGAUAUUUCGAUGGAUGUUCCACUCUAAUUGGUGUGAAUUUCAUUGAUAAAGAAAUUCACUAAAACAGGUAUUUGAAGUCCAAGAAGCGUAGCGAAACCAGAGAAUGUUAUGGUAUUUAUCAAUCUAGAUUGUAAUUAUCAAUAUGGAAAGUUUAUUUCCAAAGUAUGACAUAGUGAAUCAGGUUGUGGAUUAACAGGACUUAAAAGUAAAUAUGGAUAUUUUUAGCUGAAAGUGUGCUAGUUUUCAAACUAUGUGUAAUUUAUAUGUCCUUGAUUUCUGAAAGAAAUAUCCAUGAAGGAAUUUUCAGUAGUGUUUACUGUACAACUUUUAACAAAUAUGGAUGAUCUUGCACUUCUGGUGAAUGCUACUUGAGAGGGUGCAUUGCUAUGUAAAAAAAAUUCUCACUUUGGGAGUCUGCACGGAAUUUAUUACGGUGUUUCCAUAGCUCAAAAAUAUGAGUGGGACUCCUCCGUUGAAUGGGGACUUGGAUGCAGAGCUAUGGUCAUCGCCUCUUAUGCACUAUACCUCUCCAUUCGAUGACUACAAGGAUCUUUUUGACCAAAUUCCCAAAGAUACCAAUGUGUUCCAGUUUCCGGAUUUAACAGCCAAACCUACCUCAGAGUCCAAUAAACUGCUCGUACCUCAGAGAUCCCCCACACUAAAAUCACCCGCACAAAGAUCUCCCUCGCAACUUCCCACCUCACCGCUUUGUCAGGAUACCACACCAUCUCCAAGUCAUAGAUCUGAAGAUGACACAGACUUUGCCAAACCACUGUCCACAAAGGUACCCCAGGCCAAGCGACUUCCUGCUUCCUCCUCCGCCUCGGGGACAAGGAAAAGCAUGCUGCCCACCAACAAGCCUGGCACAGCCUCCACCUCCUUGAAGAGACGACGCUCAAUUGCAGGCCCCCACACCUCAGGACAAUCUGGUGGUGUAGAUGAAGAAUUUUUCACCAAAUCUUUUGAAGAUGUUCAUAAAGUUCAGAUCUAUUCCUCUAGAGAUGUUCAGGACCACCUGUCCAAAGUCCAGUCCAUUUUAGGUGACACCAGCAAAGACUGGGAGAAGCGAAAUGAAGCGGUGAAGACUAUUCGAGCUGUGAUAGUUGCCGGUGGUAUGGAGUAUGAUGAUUUUCAACAGAGUAUCCGAUCUCUGGAUAUAAGUCUAGUAUCUGCUGUCAAGGAUCUAAGGUCCCAGAUUGUCCGUGAGACCUGUAUCACACUAGCGUUUCUUUCUCAGCAGAUGGGAUCACGAUUUGAACCUCUAGCGGAGAUCCUCCUCCCUCACCUAAUUAACCUCAUCCCUAACAGUGCCAAGGUCAUGGCCUCAUCUGGAAUCACCUGUAUACAUUUCAUCAUACAGUAUACCCAGUCAUCUCGCCUUAUACCUAUCCUUACCAAUAACUUAACAUCCAAAUCCAGUGUCAUAAGAAGGCAGUGUUUUGAAUUGUUACAAAUAGCAUUACAAAACUGGAGUACCCAUUGUUUAGAGAAACAUAUUGCACUUCUUCAGGACAGCAUAAAGAGGGGGAUAUCUGAUGCUGACUCGGAGGCUAGGUUGGUUGCCAGGAGGUCUUACUGGGGAUUUGCAGAUCAUUUUAGAGAACAGGCAAAUAUGUUAAUGAACUCUUUAGAGCCAAGAGAACAAAAAUUAUUACAGGAUCAGUGUAGUGGUUCUUCUAGUAAUUCGGUAAACAGUGACCACACAGGAAAACAACGGCCUCGGUCUGUUAGCCAGGAUAGGAGUACAGGCUUCGAUUCAAGUACAUUAGGUCGUAUCGGGAAGAAGAAGCACUCUCAAUUCAGCUCAGCUCGUAGUGAUACAGGUGCAGAAAUUAGGUCACAUUCUCUUAAAUUUUCAAAAGACUUGGAUGUUGAUGGUGCUGCACGUCACCAUGGUGCAGAUUUAGACAAAACUUUAAGUAAGUCCGUUAAAGACCGCAUAAUCCGCUCUAGUAGUGCUGUUGAUCUAGCAAAUGGGAUGAGCCCAUCCUAUUCCAGUUACACCACUCCAAAACGGCGGUCGCCUCAAAUGGCGGCUGCUGCUAGAAUGAUGCCGGGAGCCACAUACUCACUGCCUCGACAUCGCAGUAGUUCAACUCACCAAAAUCUUGGCACCUUGGACCGUAAUAGUCGGCCCCGCAGCAAAAAUGUUAGCUCCCAAUCUCAGCCUAAUAGUAGGUCAGGCUCCCCAACUUCUAGGAUUAGUUACUUAACGCACACCCAGAAAGAUCCUAUGACCCCAAGGUCACAAAGGAGGUCAGGGGUCACACGUAGUCAGGGAACCAGCAGAGAGGGUAGUCCAAAUCGCCUACACAUGCAGCCAGGGAGAGAAAGAAGACCAAGUGGAGGAAAGACCUUGCCAGCAUCUGCCAGUAAAAGGAAGGCUGGUGUGAUGGCUCAGCGCACUCUCCGACAGGGGUCUGAUGUAGAGGAGGCACUAACGGAUGCUCUGCAAAGAGGACCCAACAGGCGACGCUAUGAUUAUGACUCAGAUGAUGCUGCAAGUGAAACGUCUAGUGUUUGCUCGGAGAGAUCCUACCGGUCAAUUGGACAAACAUCAGAGUAUUAUUUAUGGGGAUACCAGGCCUCAUCAACUGAUUUUGAUAAAUGGUAUUAUCGUCUGCCAACCCCAACACAGGAUACAACGGAAAUCAUUGCUCUGUUAGGAAGUGGUUCCCAUGGUGACAGAAAGGAGGGACUAAUAGCAUUACAGAAUCUCUUGAGGAGUGGUCGCUUUUUAAGUCGGGUGGAAUUGCAGAAAGUGUGUGAAGUUUUUAAUAGAAUGUUCCACGAUCCACAGAGCAAAGUUUUAAGUUUAUUUUUAGAUACAUUAGUUGAUUUAAUUCAAGUUCAUAAUCAAGACUUGACCAAUCAAAUGUUUCCAUUUUUAACCCGUCUACUGAACAAGUCUGGCCAAGACAUGCUGGGUUCUGUGCAGAAUCGGGUGCAGCGGGCACUGGAUGCCCUUCGAGAAAAUUUUCCCGCUGAGCAACAGUUUAUUGCUCUGUCAAAGUACAUCGUAGAUCAAACACAAUCAGCAAGUUUAAAGGUGAAAGCAUCUCUGUUAAAUUUCAUGCAUAAUCUGGUGUUAAUGAUGAAUGAUACAGACUUCGUCAAUUCAGCAGAUACUCGACUUGUUUUGUCUCGCAUUAUCAACUUCACAACUGAACCGAAAAGUGUUGAAGUCAGAAAGGCUGCCCAGUUAGUACUGAUUGACCUUUUUAACCUGAAUGCUCCUGAACUGUCCAUGAUGUUAACGAAUCUUCCCAAACCAUUCCAAGAUAGUGCCACUAAGAUCCUACAGACACAUAUGCGCAGUGCUAGCCGGGACAGUCGAGACAGUGAUGUGCUGUCCCCUAAAAAUGUCACACCCCAACAAAACAGAAGUCGGCCUCCAUCAAGGGGUCACCAUGAUGAAAUGGAGACAGAGAACAUGAAUCCAGAAGACAUUUACAACUCUAUCAAGCAGACCACAGCGGACAUUCAGAAUCUGAGCUUUCAUAGUAAACUGGAGAGUUAUGAUCCGGUGAAGAAGAAACGAGAGUUUACUUCACAGGACAGUGGGAUACAGGAUUUACGGAAUGACAGCCCUGAUGCUGUGGAUUCCAGAAAGGGCAACUACAACCCCUCCCAAUACUCAGAUGAGGCAAUGAAUGGUUACAACAACCGGUCACGCCUUGCAGAUGCUGAGUUAGACGAAAGUGAAUUAUUUAAUGAAGAAAUGAUAAACUGUAUAGUUCUCCCAGAUCCCUGGAAAGCCAUUUUAGGAUUUUCAUGCUCUGAGCAUGAUGAGUCCACAGAUAAUGAUAUCAUCACAAACAUUUUAACUGAAUUGUCCAAUCACAACAAAAGGAAUAAUGAACGAAAGGACGCCAUGCUGUCCUUGAUCAAAAUGACAAGGGAGGGUACAUUUAAUUUCUGGGAUGAACAUUUCAAAACUAUUCUGUUUGUUUUAUUGGAGACCCUGGGAGACACAAAUGGACAUGUUAGGGCAUUAGCAUUACGGGUACUUAGAGAAAUUCUAAAAAAUCAACCUAGUCGAUUUAAAGAUUACACAGAGCUGACGAUUCUUCGGAUCUUGGAGGCUCAUAAGGAUUCAGAGCGAGAAGUGGUUCGCUCCGCAGAGGAAUGUGCUGACACACUGGCAAAUUACUUGCCACCAGAAACUUGUGUCCGCAUCCUAAACCCAAUCAUCAGCACUGCUAAUUAUCCUGUCAACCUGGCGGCCAUUAAAAUGCAAAACAAGGUCUUAGAGCUAUUACCCAAAGACACAUUAGAGGUACAAAUGGGAGAAAUCAUUCCUGGAUUACUAAAGGGAUACGAUGACCAGCAGAGCACAGUUAGGAAGUCUUCUGUCUUCUGUUUGGUGGCCAUUUAUCUCAAAGUUGGAGAAGGUAUCUGGAAUCACCUCACCAAGCUCAAUUACAGUAAAGUAAAGCUUUUAAAUCUAUAUAUCAAGAGAGCACAGCAAUCCGGUAGUGGUACUUCUGCAUCCUCCUUAGAUACGUGAGGCAAACCCCUUAGCAACAUAAUACAUAGCCAUAAAGAUGGAUGAUACCAUUCCACUGAGGAGAUUUAAUGGUUUAUUCCAAGUGAACAAAAAGAUGUCCAAAUGUGAAAAUUGCUAGGGACAUAAAAAGCCAUAUUUAUUUCUGUGGUGUUUUUGGAGUCGAGGACUCUUAGCAUUUCAAGGAUGUUGACAUAUCUUAAAAAGGCUUGUGUUGUGGGAGUCACUUGGGUGUGGGUUUAGCUGCACACUGUAAUUCAAUGCCUCGCUUGACACCAGAAGUCUAUGUUGUAUCAGGAAAACAGAUUGAUGUUACAGACUUUUCUUAAGUGUGUUCACAAGGAUGAUUCCUUCUCGGCAAGGGAAAUAAAACAGAAAGUGUAUCUUAUAGCCUGUCACAUUUUAUACCUGUGUAAAUAUUUCUUGUAUCUCUAUUGGGAAGCACUUUACAAAGAUUUACUUUAUAUAAUGUUUUAUUGUCAGAUUUGAUUAUCACAUACAGAAAUUCACUUGUACUUACAGGCACACGUUUUGUAUUCUAAAAUGAAUUAUACAAGUGUAACUCUACUUUUCAACUGAUGAUGUAUUGACUUUGUAAGGAACGUAUUCACAAGUAUGUAUUGUAGAAAUAUGUCAGCUAAUAGGGUGUAUUCCUCUUGUUGGGAUAAUAUCCUCACCGAAAAAAAAUUGUUUUUGUAUGUUUUAUCAUCAUGUAACAGUAAUGGGUGUGAGGCCAGUAUUUGAACAAGUGAUUGAAAAAACUAACAAGGGGAGCUAAACCAUUGUUAGAGGGUCUUUGAGAUGGUGAUUGCUCACUAUUAAAGGAAUGAAAACCUUGAAUAAAGUUAGGUUUAUGUUGAUGAAAUCUGUUGUCAUUGAAUUGAAUGCUGCAAAAUUACAGCUUUUUGAACAAAAGAAAAUAGAUAGAAUCAGAUAUAUUUUAGACUGUUUGUAAGGAAAUUUGAAAUGGAGUCAUUCUUGAAAUCUGUGAAGUAAUGAAAAAAUGAUUAUGAAUCAUGUAAACUGUGUCUUUCAGGUAUACAAGAAAAAGAUUCAUGAGUUGUGUAGAUUGCUAGUGUAUGUUUCCUUGUAAUGUGAAUGUAUUAACCUGUACUAACAGUAAAAAGUACUAAAUCCAUUUAUAUAUUUAAACUAUUCCAGAGAGAAUAAUUCUUGCCAGUAGAAAUUUUGUCAAAGUUGUCUCAUCGUUUGAUCUAUAAGUUAAAGAAUUGGGAAUUACAGCAGGGUCAUGUUUAGGGUCUCAUAAUUAUAUUUUUCUUUUUUCCUUCAGAGAAAUGUAAGCAAGUAUAUAAUACUGUAAAGAAGUAUAAUGCACCGUUUAAUACAUGUAUCACUUAAAUAAAAUAUUCCUUUUUACCUGUACAGAUAUUUAUUGGGUUUGUUGUAGACCUUUUUUACUAUUUUUAAGUAGUUUACCUUAUCACCAGUUUUUAUCCUGCAUCAUCAUCCACAUGUCUCUGUUUAAACAUAACUGUAUCAGUUUACAAAGGAAGUUCUCAGCAACCUUAGUGAAAAUUCCCUUAUGAAUGAAAUUACAAUGCACAAUUUGCAUGUUGUAAUUCACCAUAUCAUUGAUAAGCAAACUAAUUAACAUAAAUCUGACCUUUCUCAGACAGAAAGAUGAGCUGAUAGGCUUCUGGAUUCGGAGGAAACUGACAAUGUUGUAUAUUGUUAACCGUUGUUGUGUCUGUGUAAGAAAAUGUGUCUUUAUUGUGUAAGCUUGUCCCCCUGACCCUGAAUUUAUGGAGGAUCCGGCUAGGGUAAAGGGGUCAUUGUCACGUAUGGUUGUGUAACAUGCAUGAAUUGAGUUGUAAAUGCUUUUGAUGUACGAUUCUUUAUUGAUUAUGAUAUGUAUAUCUUCAUGACUGACAUGAAUAAAGUCAUCAUAAUAAGUGAC